GUGGCGCGUGAGAUUUCGUCUUUAACGGUUGCUGAGGCGCGCGACAGCUUCGGGGGAUUGAGGCAAAGUGAUUGUUGCAGCUCAUGGCGGAGCUGGAGCUUGGCUCUUCGGCCAUCUGGGUUGGUGGAGCAGCCGUGUUCUGGGUGCUGGCAGUGGAACGAUACCUCCCGGAUCGUCCCGGCGCUAAUCGAUAUGACGUGACCCUGUAUGGCCAAGGAGACGAGGACGGGGGUCCACUGAAAUAUUCGCUGUCUCCGCAGCUAAACCGUUUAGUGGAAACAAAUCGGUUAUGUUCGGGUCGCCAGCUCAGGUUGAACCGCUGGUCCAUGCUGUCGGACGGGCUGAGGGUGAUAGACAGAGCCGAAGUGUUGAGGGGAGCCAUUCCACCACCAGCAUGUGUUGCCUUUCUGCCCGUCCCGCGCCCUUCAUACUGCCAUGCCAAAUACUAUCUGCCCCUCUGGGAGGACAGUGACUAUUAUGGAGAGGAAUGGAUUAUGCAAACGCACAGCCAAGAACUUGUCAAUCUGGAAGAUGAGCAGAUAAUUACACUAAAGGAGUUACAACUUAAUUGGAGAGGAAGGUUGAAAUUGGCUCCCCUAUUGGCUUACUUUGAAGUUGCUGACUGUUCAGAUAUUUCCUUGAACCCUCAGAAACCUGCUGCUGAUAUUAAGAUUAUUCCAGCAAAGCAAGUCAAACCUGAGUGGAGGCUUCCUAAUAUUAAGUAUCGUUUUAUUACCAGAGAUAUAUUGGACACUCUACCGGAUGCCUAUGUUUGUGAUGUGAUUGGUCUUGUCACUUUUGUUGGCAGAUGUGAAAGAAUCAGAAAGAAGGAUGAUGAUGCUUUUUGGGUUCGACGGUUUGUUGAGAUGAUAGAUCAAACAAGCACAAAGCCAUUUAUUCUGGAACUUUAUUGCACUUCCCAACCAGACAUCUACAAUCAACUACAUCCAGUGAGUUUCUUAGUCUGUACCCAAAUGAGGGUUGUCAGAAAUAACUUCCAUGAUGGAUGCAGUAUUGCAUAUCUGACUUCAUCCAGUGAGACUCAGAUUUAUAUCACAGGUUAUCACAAAAGAAGACCAUACACAAUUGACACUACAGUUAGAAGAUUUAUUCAGUGGGCAAAAUCACAACAUAAGAAAGAUUUUCUGGAAACGUCUGUGGUUGGAGGAUAUUAUUCUUUUCCUCCUUUGCCUUCAAACUUUCAGGAGUACAGUCAAAAUAUGAAAGAGGUCACUGUUGUAUCACUACAGGAGUUUAAGGAAAUUGUAGAAAGUUUACAUUAUAGGGAACACAAGCAUAUGGUUGUUCAAGGAAUCAUCGCUGCUGUCAAAUAUACAUCCCACACCACUUCCACUGGAUGUUUAAUAGACAAGAAACACACUCAGCUUUUACAAUCUGGAAGAAGUGAGCUAGACAGUUACACAUCCAGUGAAUAUAAAACAAAAAUGGUUAAUAACCAGUCAUCAACAGAAGAUUAUUUACAUAAUUUCAGUAAGACCAUCGAAAGCUUCGAACAAAUAUUGGAGUAUGAAGAUGAUGUUACGCUCCUUGCAAGAUCAAGAAAAUAUGAAGCUCUUCAAGCAUCCACUCUGAAAAAUUCAGCUCCUGAUCUUGAUCCAAGUUUAUUAUCCAAUAGUGAAGAAACAGAAGAUGAAUAUUUCACUGCUGAUGAAGAUCUAAAUCAGGAAAUUGCUAUGGAUGUUGUAUUUCUACCACUGACAACUGACAAGAUCUUCGUUACUGAUGCAAAUGACACCACUUUUAUUUCCAUCCUGUCUGGUGGUUGUACUUCUGAAACUUCAAUCAUAAAUGGUAAUGAGCUUUAG